ACAUUUAAAAAUCUCUUUUCGUGAAUGAAGCAAACAUUUCUACUUAGACGAAUAAAAAGGGGAAAAGACAUUUCGCUAAAAUCCAUGUUUGUAAAAUUUAUAGAAAUUGUAAAAUACACGUUAAAGUCACGAGUCCGACAAAAUUUCACCACUCGUCAUUCGUGUCAUCUAAUAUAACCUAUAUAUGUAUACGUGUAUAUACAUACAACCGAUGCUACGUAUCGUAUACACGAGAGAAAAAAAAGAGAAAGUUCACGUUCGAUAUUUGAUUUCAAUUCUGUUUCAACUGUAGCUUCGUCGGUCUCGAAAUAAAUCGAAUAUAGCGCCUAAACCGACGAUGGAGGAUUCGAAAUGCGAUCCUAUUUGAAUAAAAUUUGCCAAACGCCAAAUUUAGAUAGUCUGGCAAAAGAAAGCUUGUUAUUUAAUAAUGCAUAUACUUCGGUUAGCAGCUGUUCACCUAGUCGUUCCUCUUUACUGACUGGUUUACCCUGUCAUCAAAAUGGAAUGUACGGUCUUCACCAUGGAAUUCAUCACUUUAAUUCGUUCGAGGAUGUUCAAAGUUUGCCAAAAAUAUUGAAGAGAAAUAAUAUACGUACAGGUAUCAUUGGUAAAAAGCACGUAGGACCAGAGAGCGUAUACCCGUUUGACUUUUCCCAAACGGAGGAAAAUAAUUCUAUACUUCAAGUUGGUCGCAACAUCACUAAAAUCAAACUUUUAGUCAGAGAAUUCCUCUCCCAUAAUAGAACACAGCCCUUCUUUUUGUAUAUUGCAUUUCACGAUCCCCAUCGAUGCGGUCACACCCACCCAGAAUAUGGAAAGUUUUGUGAAAAAUUUGGUAAUGGCGAUAUCGGUAUGGGUAGUAUCCCUGACUGGCAUCCGAUAUAUUAUCAGUGGGAUCAAGUGAAGCUCCCUUAUUUUGUUCAAAAUACAGAAGCUGCUAGGCGAGAUAUUGCUGCUCAAUAUACAACUAUUUCUCGUUUAGACCAAGGUGUAGGUUUAGUUUUAAAAGAGUUGGAAAAUGCUGGUUUUAAAGAUAACACGUUGGUGAUCUAUACAUCCGAUAACGGUAUACCAUUUCCAAAUGGUCGAACGAAUUUAUACGAACCAGGUUUAGCAGAACCUAUGAUGAUCAGAUCGCCAAUUCGCGGUCAUAGAAAAAAUAGCGUGACGUACAGCUUAACAUCUUUAUUGGACAUUGUACCAACAUUAUUAGACUGGUUUAACAUAUCCUAUAAGGAUCAAUUUUCACUCGAUACGAACGAAGUUUCUUUCCCGCAUUUAACGGGAAAAUCGCUUCUUCCACUUCUUGACGAAGAGCCCGUAGAAAACAAUACAGCUGUUUUUGCCAGCCAGGCACACCAUGAAAUCACCAUGUAUUAUCCUAUGCGUGCUAUUAGAACUAAACGUUAUAAGCUUAUACAUAAUAUUAAUUACAAAAUGCCAUUUCCCAUCGAUCAAGAUUUAUACGUGUCCCCGACAUUUCAGGAUCUCUUAAAUAGAACUAAAAACAAUCAACCGUUGAAGUGGUACAAAACGUUAAAAAGUUAUUACGAGAGAUCAGAGUGGGAAUUGUACGAUCUAAAGUACGAUCCAGAAGAAAGGGAUAACAUCGCUACAAAGUCAUCCGCACAGGAAAUAUUUACCGACUUACAAAAACGAUUAUUCGAGUGGCAAGAGGUAACAAACGAUCCUUGGCUUUGCGCGCCGAGAGGAAUUCUCAGCAAUAUUAAAACCAAAAGCCCUCGAUGCAUGCCACUUGAAAAUCUUAUUUAAGAGUGAUUUACUUGAUUAAAUGGUGCUAAAAUACUCAGAGAUAUUUGUACUCGUUAAUGUUUAUAUAUAUAAUUCUUAAAUCGUAA